AUGAGAAGGCCUCCGGAUCUUCUGGAAGACCGGGAUAAACCCCAUCUCCUUCAGCCGUAUCACACUAUUCCCUCCAAGGAACCUAUCUAUUCAGUGGCAUUAUACCCGUUCUAUGAGCUCCAAGAUCCUUCAACGGCUUGCUUGCUUUCUGGCCUUAGGGACCACCCCAUCCGACUGAAUUCCGCCUUGUACCCUGGACUCCUUGGGUCCUAUAGCCUCAUAUCACCGACAACGGAGGCCUUUAUAACUCCCCACUCUCUGCUAUACCCCUCUAGCCUUGGCGGCACGCAUUUCUUAGCUGGAUGUGACAGUAUGAUUUGUCUGUUUGAUAUAUCACGUCCGGGAAAGGAAGGGCCGGUUUCUAGGUUGCUCACGAUCCCUAGUAAGCGAAGGAAGCUAGUAGGAGGAGGCGUGGGUAUGAAAGGGAUAAUUUCAACAAUGUCAAUUGACAAUAGCGGCAGUGGAAUUCUUGCUGCGGGCACAUUUACCAGACAUAUCGGCCUCUACGGAGAUAAUGGAGUUGGUGACACUAUAGCGACCUUUAGCAUUGCAGAUACUGCUGCUGACAAGAUAAUCGGUGGCAAUGGUGUGACACAGGUGCUCUGGAGCCCUUGCGGCCGAUAUUUAUACGUCCUGGAGAGGAAGAGCGACGGGGCGUUGGUAUAUGAUGUUAGGGUAACAGGACAACUCGUGGGAUGGCUUGAAGGCAGACGAGCAGAUACAAACCAAAGAUUAGACGCUGGAUUUAUCGACAUCAAUGGGUCCUCGGAGCUCUGGGCUGGUGGAACCGAUGGUGUCGCGCGGAUGUGGAAGCAGCCGUGCCAUGCUGAAGGAGGCUUAUGCCCAACAUGGAAGGAGAAGGUCCAUCAUGGUAAGUCUAGUCCUCUCUCCCUGAUAAUUAGCCAACUGUAUUCGUCUCCUCCGCUAACUUAUACAUGGAUGUAG